CCCAGUGGCCGUGGUGUAUCCCGUGGGGCUGUGGAGGUGUCGUGCGGGGCCGGCGGUGCGCUGCGUGUACGCCCCGCUGCUGAGAGCGAGUGGCUUACAUGCGGUGCGGGCAGCCGUGUGUCUGCAUGUGGGAAGUACGCAGACCUCUGCCGCCAGCAUACCGCAAGAAGAGCAACAACAACCACCAUUGCUACUACUGUUGCUGCUGGACAACCAAAGGCGGUGAUGGCUGUUUUUAAUGGUUCUUUUUUUGGUGGAUACUACGAGGUUCCUUCUGGAAGUGGUACCGUUUCACGUCAGUCAGGUGGUGGUAGUGGAAACGAUAAUCAUGGGCAGGAAGUUCUGGGAGAUCAAGAAAGAAAAACAGAAUCGGAAUUAGGACCAAGCGCACCUGCAGGCACUGGACGGGAGUCUAUGGCACAGAAGGAUGGCGAAGGUGCGGAAUAA